AACGUACACGGACCUAGAAAGAAUAAAGACAGAAAUUGAGUAAGAGUGUGUUUGUAUGUCAAAUUAAAACAGACCUUACACCAAGUAGCUGAUAGCGGCCCCCGUGAGCCAACAAAUAUUAAAUCCAAUCCUAUAAUAAUAAUUUAAUUAAAAUUAGAACGUUAUUUCACAGAACUCUUCAGCUGACUUUUUAAAGUUUUUAAUGAAUUGUACUGAAUGCAAUACAAUGUUGCCAACGCAUGUUAAGACCACCAUACAACAAUUAUAUUAGCCUGAACAAUUACCGUAUACACGAAAUGAUGCACCUGUAACUCUCAUGCGCACGCGCGUCAGUAAAAAUCAUAAGAAACGUCAUGACGGAAGGAAUCGUGUGCGCUGCCAAUCAGUCCGACCUGCCCCCCUCUGCUUUAGAGUUUGAUCAGAGUUGACUCCGACAGCGGAAAGUGAAAGUAACGAUGGCGUCCAGUCAGGACCUGUUCGACUGCUCCAUCUGUUUACAGGUACUGGAUGAUCCCGUGACGACGGCCUGUGGACACAGUUACUGUCUGCGGUGCAUCAAUGCCUUCUGGGACGUGCGUAAUAACCGCAGAGAGGGUUACAGCUGCCCCCAGUGCAGGCAGACUUACUCCUCGAGGCCCGACCUGAAGAGGAGCACACUUGUGGCUGCCCUGCUCGAGGAGCACGAGCGGACAACGAGUCGCAACGCUGCCGCUGCCGCGCCCGGCGACGUGCAAUGUGACGCCUGCACGGGGAGAAAAAGAAAAGCGUGGAUGUUCUGCCUCGUGUGUGUGGCCUCUUACUGCGAGACUCACCUGAAGCCUCACUUUGAGGUGGCCCCGUUGCGAGCACACGGUCUGAUUCAAGCCUCCGCGAGGGCCAAAGACAGCCUGUGCGUCCGCCACGGCAAACUUCCGGAGCUCUACUGCCGCUCGGAUCAGCAGUUCGCGUGCGUGCUGUGCGCGCUGGAGGAGCACAGGGGCCACGACACGGUGACAGUAUUGACGGAGCAGUGUGACACGCAGGGACGACUGGAGCGAGGUAAACAGGAAGUAGCAGACCGAGUGCUGAACUCUGAGAGGACAAUGACAGAGCUGAGGCAGGCUGCAGGCUCUAUCAGAGAUGCCGCAUGGAAGGUGUGUGAUGACUAUGAGCGACUGUGUGUUGAGCGCAUCCGUACAUUCGUCCGCUCUGUCGAGAGGAAGCGCUCGGAGAUGAGAGAGAAGGUUGGAGAAGCAGAGAAAGCUGGAGUGGACUGGACCAACAGUCGUCUCGGCCAACUGGAGCGUGAAGUGUUGGAGCUGAGGAGGAGAGAGGAUAAUCUCGACCAGCUCUCACUGAUAGAGGACCCCAUUCAGUUUCUGCAGGGUUUCCAUGCUCUGGGUUGCCUACCUGUGUUCACAGACUCGCAUGAAGGACUUGACAUGCUAACCGAGUUUACCUCCACACAAACGGAUAAACUGAAAAAUAUCUGCAGCAAAGAAAAAAAAGAAUUAUUCAGUCACUCCGAAGAACACCUGCUGUCAAAAACGCCACGGUUGCUUCAGGAAAAAACAUCCAGGACAUGCCUUUUGAAGAGAUUUAGGAACUCCACAGUGGAGGUGGAUCCCAACACGGUGGCGGCAUGUCUUUGCCUGUCCGACGGAAACAGAGCGAUAUCGUGGAGCGACGGGGACCAGGCUCACCCGGAUCACACCGACAGAUUCACCUUCUACCACCAGGCGCUGUGCAGAGGGGGCCUCGAGGGCAGCCACUACUGGGAGGUGGAGUGGGACGGUGGCAUCGUCGACCUGGCCGUGUCAUACAAAGGCAUUCAGAGAAAGGGUUCAGGCAGAAGUGGCUGUUUCGGCCACAAUGAGCUCUCCUGGAAAUUAACCUGCUCUUCGUCCGGCUGCACAUUUUGGCACAAUAAUCUUCACAAAGGCCCGAUGCCUCCGGUUCUCUCUCGCAGAGUGGGCAUGCACCUUGACCACGAAGCAGGAACGCUGGACUUCUACAGCGUUUCCGGCUCUGACACUUUGACACGGCUGCACCAAAUCCAGACCACCUUCACUGAACCUCUCUGUCCUGGGUUUUCUGUUGAUUUAGGUUCAACGCUAAAAAUAUGCAACAUCUAAGCCAGUUUAUAUUUUAACUAGUUAACCACAGGAACCUUGUUAAAUUGUUGUUGUUUUUUUAUCUGAUAAAAGACUCCAAUAUUUUACAUGAGGUAGUUAAACACACUUUCAAUUGUUUAGUUGUAAGUCUUACGAUAGAUAAACCAUAUUUCUUCAUUCACUGUUCUUUUUGCUCUACAAUGGCAUAAUGUUCCCUCAAGUCAGAGCACAUUAACUUGUUACCUGAUUUAUGGUAUGAAAAUAUGUUGGUACAUAUAGUAGAGUUUGUCUUUGUGUUGUAUGUUGGAGGACCACAAUGAAAAUAAGCCAUUUCCUGUUUUUUCAAUUAUAAUUAAAUAAUUCUUGAUGCUUAUUCUGUAUUUUUACUUGUCAAGCAAACCAAUAAAUCAAGCGGGAUGUAUUUGCUCUAGUUUAA